AAAUUGGCACCCAGAUGGUUCCUCCACAUGAAGCUGUCUUGGGCUGUGGGCCGGCUCGAGAACACCUGGUCACCAGGCUAGCCCUCUGUCAGUCACCCAGGGCCGGGCAGCAUGGUGUGGAUUCAGAGGAGGAAACUUUUGGCAUCUUGCCUAUGCAUCAUGGCCACCGUCUUUCUGCUUGUCACACUCCAGGUCGUGGUCGAGCUGGGAAAAUUUGAAAGGAAGAAGUUUAAAACUUCCAGUUUGCGAAAUGGACAGGCAAAAGUGGAAGAGGAGCCUGCAGAUCUCUAUCCAGUCCCCGGGAGAGAAGCACAGAUCUUGACAAGGAAAACCCAACGGGACACUGAGAGCUACCCCAUCAUGCUUUGGUGGUCCCCACUGACUGGGGAGACCGGAAGGCUCGGCCAGUGCGGGGCAGAUGCUUGUUUCUUCACCAUCAACAGGACCUUCUUACAUCAUCCCAUGACCAAAGCCUUCCUCUUCUAUGGCACUGACUUUAAUAUAAAUAGCUUACCUCUGCCUCGGAAAGCCCAUCACGACUGGGCCCUUUUUCACGAAGAGUCUCCGAAAAACAAUUACAAGCUCUUCCACGAGCCAGUCAUCACCUUGUUCAACUACACUGCCACAUUCAGCCGGCAUUCCCACUUGCCCCUGACCACCCAGUACUUGGAGGGCGUAGAAGUCCUGAAGUCACUCCGAUACCUGGUCCCCUUGAGGUCCAAAAACAACCUUCGAAGCAGACUUGCUCCGCUGGUGUACGUCCAGUCCGACUGUGACCCGCCGUCAGACAGGGACAGCUAUGUCCGAGAGCUGAUGACUUACAUCGAGGUCGAUUCCUACGGGGAGUGUUUACGAAACAAAGAUCUCCCUCAGCCGCUGAAAAACCCAGCCUCUAUGGAUGCCGAUGGCUUUUAUAGGAUCAUUGCACAGUACAAGUUUAUCCUUGCUUUCGAGAACGCGGUGUGUGACGACUACAUCACUGAGAAGUUCUGGAGACCCCUGAAGCUGGGGGUGGUCCCUGUGUACUACGGGUCCCCCAGCAUUGCAGACUGGCUCCCGAGUAAUAGAAGUGCUAUUCUCGUAUCGGAAUUUGCUCACCCUAGAGAGCUGGCAAGUUACAUCAGACAGCUGGACCACGACGACAGCCUGUACGAGGCCUACAUAGAGUGGAAGCUGAAGGGUGAGGUCUCCAAUCGGCGACUUCUUGCAGCGCUCAGGGAACGGAAAUGGGGUGUGCAAGAUGUCCGCCAGGACAACUACAUCGAUGCCUUCGAGUGUAUGGUGUGCAGCAAGGUGUGGGAUAACAUCCGGCUUCGGGAAAAGGGUUUACCACCCAAAAGAUGGCAGGCCAACGUGAUGCACCUGAGUUGCCCGGAGCCUGCGGUGUUUGCUUUCUCACCUCUGGCUCCUCGCCGGAGCUCUUUGCGGGAGAUGUGGAUACCAAGCUUUGAGCAAUCCAAGAAGGAAGCCCAGGCACUAAGGUGGCUGGUUGAUAGGAAUAAAAAUUUUUCAGCUCAAGAGUUUUGGGCCCUGGUUUUCAAGGACUAAUUUCUAGAAGGAUCAGAAUGAUAUAGACUAGCGCUCUCCUGAGGUUCAUUUUCUAGGUUGCCUUAAUACAUGAGUAUCAUAGCUACUUGGUUGACUAUCCUUUAGGAUAAGGAGUACUUGCUGCAGUACUCAUAAUGAGCCUUCUCAGAUAAUGGAUGUGAAUUGCCCUUAGGGGUCACCUCUGUAUUUUUUAUACUAAAAAGUAAAUAUUUCUUAUGAUCACCUUCCGCUGACAUGUCUGGACCAAUGUACCUGCUGCCUUUUGUGGACAUUCAGCUAAUGUGGAGUGAAUGUUUCCCUCCCUUCAUGGGAGGCAGAGGGUGGAGCUGUGGAUUCUUGAUACUCACCUCACUGUCUGCAGUUUAUUAGUGUCUGGCAAGCCCAGGGUCCUGAUGCUGAGCAUGAACAUGAAAUGCAUUAGAACUUGGCAAUGAGAGAUUCCAUCUGUUGGUUUCCAGGGAUGUAAGUGAGUAAUAAAAGCUGUGUGCAUUUUA